AUGUUCUUCCACAUGGUGCUGGAGCGCAACAUGCAGCUUCACCCCCGCUAUUUCGGGCCGCAUCUCCACGAGAAGCUCACGACCAAGCUUGUGAAGGACGUGGAGGGAACCUGCAGGUGAUUGUUUGCAUUUAUACGACCAUUGAUGAUGUCUCGCCCUACGAUGAACCGAACGGUCUUUUGACGACGGGGUUGGAUGGGAACAGUGGAAAGCAUGGGUUCGUUGUGGCCGUGACGAAGGUGGAGAGUAUCGGCAAGGGACUGAUAAGAGAGGGAACGGGAUUCGUGACCUUCCCCGUCAAGUACCAGUGUGUCGUCUUCCGCCCCUUCAGAGGUGAAAUCCUCGAAGCGGUGGUCACUUUGGUUAACAAGGUAGACGGGCUCUCAAGUCUUUACUCCCUUCCUUCCUUACUCAUUAUCUGAUUAUGGAAAACCCACAUGAUCUGCCUGCUCCAUUUUCUAUGUAAGAAUUAAGUUAAGCAUGCUAUCCCUUUAUUUCCUCCUCCACCACUUUCUAGUUUUGAGUAUAUUUUGUUGAAUUUACAGAUGGGUUUCUUUGCUGAAGCGGGACCUGUCAAUAUUUUUGUGUCAAAUCAUGUAAGUGCCCUGCCUGCUCUUGCUCGCCAGCUUGACAUCAUUUUAGGCCAAUUUUAUAGCCAAAACUUGCUUUUGUGAUUCUUGACAAAUCUGGAAAAUGCAGGCUAUAACUUUUUGGUCUUUUAUCUUUGACUUUUCAUGCUUGUCCGUUAUUGUAGUUGAUCCCUGAUGACAUGGAGUUCCAGUCGGGAGAUAUACCGAACUAUACAACUUCGGAUGGAUCGGUACUGUUCCUUUCUUGAUUCUCUAACCUCGUAUAUGAUUUCAUCGGUUUCUCUGGGUAAAAAUAAUUUUUUUUCUGGUCUCCAGUCUACCAGUGGUCGUCUAGUCCUCGCAAUGAAGAGAUAUAAUGGACAUCAGAUCCUAGUUUUAUGAUAUUAAUGUUGAUAAAUGCCUGGUUCCCUAAUUUUAUGAUUUUUUACAUUUGAAGAUUAUUUGAAACAAUAUUAUUCAUUGUUCUCUAAUCCCACUAAUAUACAGAUGCCGUUUGCUUAACUUAUAAUUCAUGAAUGUUGACUGGAUUUGGUUUGUGAACAUCUGAUAUUUAUUCCAAUAAAAUGUAUAGAUUGUGGGUCCUUUUGGAAGGCAGGGAAAAGCUCAUUGUUCAUUUUUGCGUGUGAAGAAAGAGGACACCAAUUCUUAUUCCCUGUCUCUUAAUUAAUUUUUUUAUGAUGAAAUAUAUAUGUUUUGCCUUACUAAAUUUAUGUCCACUCCUUCACAUGUCUUUUUCUUGUUUUGUAAGAAGUUAUGAAUCAAGGAAAACAUCAUCUGAUAAAAAAAAAAAUUGGCUACUUCAGGUGAAGAUUCAGAAAGACAGUGAGGUCCGGCUAAAGAUUAUAGGAGUUCGUGUUGAUGCAGCAGAAAUUGUACGUUCCUCUUUGUUAUAUGCCAUUUUCAUGAUAUACUACAUUUCUCAGCCGAUUAACAUGAAACAUUUGCUCAACUUAAAUUUCCACCCCAUCACAAUGAUUUAAGAUGCUACUAUUUUUUGGCAUGUUCUCUAUGUGUACUAUUCCUAUUUUUCUAAGUUGAACAAUACAAUUUUCAAAUUUUGACAUUUCCUAUCACAAAUAAGUAGUAUAUAUGCUCCCCUUUAGUAGAAAAUUUGUCGAAAGGGGAGAAAAUGUGUGGUACGUGCUCCUUUGCUCUCAACUUAGGAGCAGAAAUGCAUUCAUAACAAACAUUUUUUGCAUUCUGUCAUGUGACUUUUAUCUUCGUAAUUGCACGUUUGAACUGAUCUUGUUUGGGUCUACAAGAGUUGAUCUGUCAGACUCUCGAGUCUAAACGGUGUUUGGCUGAUUGCCCUUGAAUGAGAAUUUCAGUGUCUUAUAAUUUUGUUGAUUGAUAGCAUCUAGGUUGUCAAUAAGACCAUCUUUUCGAGCUAAUCAUAUUUUGUUGAGUUAACCUUGCCAUCGUUCAGCAUAUUUCUAUUGAUAUCCUUUAUUUUUUAUCCAACUAUGUUACCUUAGAACGUACCAUAGUGAUAGACAAAAUUUAAUAAAACGGUUGAGGUAUUAAGGGUGACAAAGGUGAGCAAUUUCGACCAUGUUCGCCUUCAUAGCCCUCUUCACCUUGGGGAUGCUUUGGUUAUACUCUCGAAACUAUGGCCUACACUAAGAAACUUGUGCAUUUACUAGUAGUACGAAAUAAAUCAGUAGAAGGGAGAGGCCUACCCAGUAAUUACCUCACAGUCUUCAAAAUCUCCGUUCGCAACACCGGUUUUAAGUUGUGUUGGGGAUUCUUAUGGGUUGGGUUUUCUCCCAAAUACACAGAUACUUCACCCUGUCGCCAUGGGUAAGUAAGCCUCUUGGUGCAAGAUGAGGUUGCCCCCAUCAAAGGAUUACAAAGGUCACGUGGCAUGUUGCGAGAUGAGUUCGCCCCAUUCCUUUGGAAAUGUGAUGAUCCGUAGUGUGCUGGAUCGACUAUAUUUUCGGUUGGCUUUGAGCAACAAGAGACACGGAAGCCGUUGAUGUCAUCAUAUGAGAGGUUGGCCUUAUGGAGCACCAGAUUUACUGUGCUUGAAGUAUUCAUUUAUAAGAUACUGACGGAUAGGAAUGGAAGUGGGGAUCCUGUGUGACUUUUAUGGUGAUCUCAAUUGGUUUUUUUUCACUACUGUUGAGGAUAGAAUAUCCCGAUGGUUAUUGCGGUUGAAUAUCAUGUUAUCUGGAAAUGAUUUCUCACAUGGAGGAUUUCCAGAACUUGUGAUGUGAUUGAACCACUCAGUACCGUACUCAGAUUUGGAUGUCGUUUUUUUCUUUCUUUUUUUUUUUUUAAUGAAAGAAAUCCAUAGACCCAGUCUUGCAUUCAGAGUCGUUCCGAUUAGAUUUGAAGGAUGUCUUCCACUGUAGAAAUGGUUUCGUUUUUUGCUUGAAUCAGUAAGAAAGACCUGCCACUCUAAACUCUAUGCAGAGAAUUAAUUAAAUUUGCUUAGAUGUCUACGCACAUGUUCACGUUUUUUUCGUACCAUUGAUUUUUUGUAGAAAAGUACCUCCAGUGCGCCAAUCCAAUGCUUAUUGUUAUGCCUCCUUAUCCUCGUUGUAGAGUUAGGCUUUGUAAUGCCAGUGAACUCUGUGCAUCGCAUCCUUACUCAUGCUACGAUGUGGCUACAGUUAAGAAAUAAAUUCAUCUACUUUAUUUUGAUCACGGCAUCCCAUACCCCAUGUGGGUAAUUUGUAUAAUUUUUGAUUUCGAGUUCAUUAUUGCUCAUCAGUUUUCUAUGUGAAAAUUAUCAGAGGGUUGCUUAUAUUUUUUUUCCCACUUUUUACUAUAUUUAGUAUGUAGAGUCUUUCAACUCUUUUUAACCUGUCUUUCAGAAUUGUAUUUCCCUAGUGUGUUCAUAUUUCUUUGUAAGAGAUUCUCUAAAGUUUGAUCAACUUCUGUCAAUUUUCUGUUGAUUCAUGGCAAUUUAUUUUAGUCAGUUUCUAGGAGUUUCACAUAAUGAUUUAAUGUAAUUUAAUAUAUCAAUGAAAUCGUGAGAACUCUUUCUUAUAUUAAUGUAAAUCUGAUGAUCCCAUAAAAGAGAAGCUGGACCAAAUCAAAAAAGGUUCAUCCUUAUGGAGAUUUGCAUGUGUGAAGACCACCAUGUGUGUCAGCCAGCUACCAUAGUUAAUUCCUUCGCAAUACUUUUCCAUUUUCUAUUUAUUUUUAUUUUCAUCCUAAUUCCACGUUUAAUAGUUGACUUUGAAAUUUUAUCUUAUUAUGUUUCUUAUGUCAAAUUGUUCUCUCUUUUUUUCAGUUUUGCAUCGGCACCAUAAAAGAUGACUUUUUAGGCGUAAUUAACGACCCAGAUGCAACCGCCUAG